GUGGAGCUGGUCCGUCGGGAUUACGUGGCCAAUGGAGGUUGGGAGACGUUCCUGUCCUACGAGGACCCGGAGCGGGAUAUUCUCGUGGGGCUGCUGCGGCUGCGCCGAUGCUCCGGGGAAUCUUUCCGGCCCGAGCUCAAGGGCGGCGUCUCCGUGGUGCGGGAGCUGCACGUCUACGUUCCAGCACCAGGUACGCCUGGAAUUCCCAAAAAAUUCCCGAAAAAUUCCAGUAUCGGGUGUGCCAGGAAUUCCCACCAAAUUCCAGCACCAGGUACGCCCGGAAUUACCCAAAUUCCAAAAAAAUUCCGUUAUCGGAAACGCCCGCAAUUCCCGCCAAGUUCCAGCACCAGGUACGCCAGAAUUACCGAAAAAUUCCCGAAAACUUCCGGUAUCAGGUACCCCGCAAUUCCCGCCAAGUUCCAGCACCAGGGCUUCGGGAUGUUGCUGAUGGAAGAGGCGGAGCGGAUCGCCCUGGAGGAGCACGGAUCCUGGAAAAUCGCCGUCAUUUCAGGGGUCGGCACCCGGAAUUAUUACCGGAAAAUCGGCUACGAGCUCGAGGGGCCCUACAUGGUCAAACGGCUGCCGUGAAAAUCCGGGAAUGCAGCGGGAAUUCCAGGGAAAUCCGGCGGGAA